AUGGACUACGGGGCGCCUGCGAUGGACUACGCGCCCGGAAUUCCUCCGCCGUGUCAUUCGGGGCCGUAUGCGAACGGUAUCUCCCUACCGCACGCGAACGGCGCCUCGCCUCCAUACGCGAACGGGAUCUCGCCGUACGCGAAUGGCGCCUCGCCGUCGUACGUUAUUCCAGUCUCAUACGCGGGGCCGGAGGCGUCGCACCCACACCACGGAGGGAAGCCGGCUCCUCGUCCGCCAUCGGUGUCGCGGAUGCGGGGGGUGCGUGGGUGA